AUCCGGGUUUUUUGUUGUUGUUGUGUCAACUUGUUUAUUCUGUGGCACGUUUAUUAUAUAUAGAACGUAUUUAUAAUUGUGUGUCAUUUUAUGUACAUUUUGACUUUAAACUACAAACUGAACACCAGGGUAUAGUUUGAGAGAAGCUCAUUGGUAAACUAGACAUCCUAAUGCACACUGGUCCCAAGUUGGAGUAUCGUAACUGUUCAAAACGUCGACAGUAAACACACUGGUCCCAAGUUGGAGGUUCGUAACUAUUCAAAACGUCGACAGUAAACUAGACAUCCUAAUGCACACUGGUCCCAAAUUGGAGGAUCGUAACUGUUCAAAAUGUCGACAGUAAACAAGACAUCCUAGAGCACGCACACUGGGUCAUCACUGGAUGAAGAUUUCUGUUGAAAGCGUUUAGCGAAGACCUGCGUGUGAAAGUCAUCAUUGGAGCAUCGUGAAGAUUUCUGUUGAAAGCGUUCAACGAAGACCUCUGUGUGAAAGUUAUCAUGUCGUACAAAUGUGACGUCUGCUCCAUGUGUUGUAUGAGGAAAUCUCAGCUGGAGGUCCACAUGCGCGUGCACACCGGCGAGAGGCCCUACGUGUGCGGCGUGUGUCACAAGACGUUCUCCACCCUCGGCAACAUCAAACAGCACAUGUGGAUCCACACGGGCGAAAAACCCUUUCAGUGUGAUUUUUGUUCUAAAGGUUUUGUCAGCCGGUCAAGUCUUAACAAGCACGCGGUGGUCCACAACAGCCAGGAGACGUACACGUGUGAAAUAUGUACGAAAUCCUUCUCGUGGAAGUCCAGUCUGACACAACACAUGUUUGUCCACACCGAGGAAACGCCGUUCAAAUGUGAGAUAUGCCAAACGAUGUUCACACGAAAGGCUAACCUGACAAAACAUAUGUCGAUUCAUAUAGAUCAGAAACCUGCCUUAUAUAAAAAGAACCAGUGCCUGCAGUAUAUUACUAUUAGUAGAUUUAAUUUACCAGGAUGUCAAGAGAAGCUCACCAUUCAAGUACACGUUAUAAUGGACAAGAAUCGCAACUUGGAGAAGUGUAACUGCUCAAUAGGUGGACCGCAGACUUGUGUGAUCAGCAUAUGUGAUUCAGUGAUAAAGCGAGUCAUCAUUAAAACAUGGACCACAGACCUCACUGUGUUUAGCAGUAUGUCAUCGAGUGAUAAAGCGAGUAUCAAAUGCGAAAUCUGCUCGAUGUGCUGUAAGAGAAAGUCUCAGCUGGAAGUGCACAUGCGUGUGCACACCGGGGAGAAGCCCUACAUGUGUGGCGUCUGCCAGAAGGCUUUCUCCACUUUAGGUAAUGUCAAAGAGCACAUGUGGAUCCACGCGGGCCAGAAACCCUUUCAGUGUGACGUGUGCACCAAAGGUUUUGUCAGCAGGUCAAGUUUGAAGAAGCAUGUAAUGGUUCACAAUAGCCGGGAGUCGUACACGUGUGAAAUAUGCACGAAGGCGUUCACUUGGAAUUCCAGCCUGAAACAACACAUGUUGAUUCACACGGAGGAAACGCCGUUCAAAUGUGACAUUUGCCUGACGAUGUUCACACGAAAGGCUACCUUCACGUGCGGGAUGUGUCUUAAGGCUUUCAAAACCACGAGCAACAUCAAACAACACAUGUGGCUCCACACGGGAGAAAAACGGUUCCAGUGUAACGUGUGCACAAAGCGUUUUGUGUUCAGAUCGAGACUCAAACAGCAUGCGAUGAUUCAUAGUGAUGACAAACCUUACAAAUGUGAAAAGUGCACAAAAGGUUUCACGGGGAAUUUCAGCUUGAAAAAACACAUGCAGAUCCACACUGGUGAAAGAUCGUUCACGUGUGAACUGUGCAUCAAAUGUUUUAGAAGGCGUGCCAGCUUGCAAAAUCAUAUCCUGUUGAGACAUUCUAAUGAGUCGUUUUUGUGUGACGUGUGCACAAAAAGUUUCAAAAAGCGCCCCCUACUUGCACAGCACAUGUUGAUCCAUACUGAUGAAAACCCAUUCCUGUGUGAGAUUUGCACAAAACGCUUUAGCCGGAUCAGCAGACUGAAACUGCACAUGCGGUGCCAUUCUGGUGAGAAGCCGUAUAAAUGUGAAAUGUGCACAAAGCGUUUUUCACGAAGUGGCAACCUGAGACGCCACGAGUUGAGUCAUGCCGGCGUGAAACCAUUCAAGUGUGAAACGUGCACAAAACAUUUCACCCAGAGUUCCACUUUGAAACAGCACGUGCUAAUUCACAUGGGUGUGAAACGUUUCAAAUGUGAAAUGUGCUCAAAACGUUUCACAAAGAAUGGCCACCUGCAGCGUCAAGUUCUGACUCACACCGGCGAGAAGCCAUUCGUCUGUGAGAUCUGUGCGAACUGUUUUACAGUGAGAUCGGGCUUAAACAAGCACAUGACGAUCCACAAGGGUGAAAAAACUAUUCAAAUGUGAAAAGUGCACAAAAUGUUUUACGCUGCACUCGACGCUGAGAAGGCGUAUGUCGAUUCAUACUGUAUCAAAAAUAAAUAAUAUAUAAUUAGGUAUGUA